UGUGUUAGUCCCGCGAGCGGUUCGCCGGGGGAUUUCAAGGCACCGUCACGGCACUCGGGCGCCGAUUCUCUCGGGGAAGGGCCCGACCGCGCCGCACUCCCCGGGACCGCUGAGGCUGUCCGGCUUCGAGCGGAGGGAAGAGUGCGAUCCCCGGCCCUCGGUGUCCUAUUCGGUUCAGCCACGGUCUCGUCCUCCCGGCGGCAGCCUCGGAGCUCCUCGGGGCUUCCUAAGGGCCGUCCAGCGCAUUGUGCGCCGGAAGGUGCUUCUGGCUUCUGUUAAGCUGGCUGCCUCUUCUGUCUCUCCGCAGAAGACAGUGAAUGGAGAAUUCUCCCUAAGGUCAGCGUUUCAUUAAUUGCCUCGCUCUGGCUGCUACAGUAUCCCAGGCAUCGAUCCAAUCCUACUAUCAAAAUUUCCCGGAGAUUGCCAGCAGGUCGGACCUCGGUCUUCCAGGGACUGCCCCGAGUCGCUGAGUGGAGUGGGACGCGCCUUGAGCAGUUUACUAUCUCCGUGGGCGGUGGCCCAAGGCGCGGGACCUAUCCCAUGACCCGAUUGGGCCUUGCCCCUGUCCAUCAUCCGACGGCUCUGGGCGCCGACUGUUUUGCCGUAAGAUUUGGAAGUUGAGCACCGCCUCUGGAAACGAGGGGCGUGAAGAUUGGCGAAGGUAAACGUUGUGUGUAUUUUUCUCCUCAUUGGAUGGCUACUGUGUCAGUCAUACUCUCCGCUGCUCCCCUUGGCGGGAAGGCUCCGGGCUGGUAGCGUGGACACAGUGCUGCCCCGCCCAAGUUGCGAUCCGGGCGCGUGACGUCUCAGAUAUUUGUUGUUGGGGUUUGGGCCUCAUUAAUUAUUCAUUAACCCUUGAAAGGGCUGCAGCGAUUGGUGGCUGGGAAGCCUGGUCAAUUGUUUCUUCGCUAGAGAUAGGUGUCGCCCUCUACGCGGCCGAAAACGUUUCGCAUAAAUUAUUCCGAUGAGGUGUGGGGCGGGACUACGCAUAGAUUAGGCAAAUGAGCAGGGGAGGGACGCGAGGCCGGGUACGAAUUAGCCUAAGUUAUUAAAGAUGGCGGCGGAGCGGAGUCGCUCCCCGAUGGACUCGCCGGUCCCGGCCUCUAUGUUCGCCCCCGAAAAAGAAAGAAACAGACCCGAGGUGGGAUCACUUGCUCCCUUGAGGGUAAAACAAGACUUAAUUGCAGUUUCAGCCCCUCCCAGGUGUGGAAUAUUGGACUGUAAUUUCCUCGUGGACACUAGACAGCUGGUUCUAGUGAGCCCUACGUCAGAGCAGUAUGACAGCCUACUUCGGCAGAUGUGGGAGAGGAUGGACGAGGGAUGCGGAGAGACCAUAUAUGUCAUUGGGCAGGGAUCAGAUGGGACUGAGUACGGGCUGAGUGAAGCGGACAUGGAGGCCUCCUACGCCACAGUGAAAAGCAUGGCAGAACAGAUAGAGGCCGACGUCAUCCUCCUGCGGGAACGGCAGGAAGCUGGGGGCCGCGUGCGUGAUUACCUGGUCCGGAAGCGAGUAGGAGACAAUGACUUCCUGGAGGUCAGGGUAGCGGUAGUGGGCAACGUGGAUGCUGGCAAAAGCACGCUUCUGGGGGUCCUGACACACGGGGAGCUGGACAAUGGCCGAGGCUUUGCCCGCCAGAAACUCUUCCGCCACAAACAUGAGAUCGAAUCUGGUCGCACCAGCAGUGUGGGCAACGACAUUCUGGGCUUUGACAGCGAAGGCAAUGUGGUGAACAAGCCAGACAGCCACGGGGGCAGCCUGGAGUGGACGAAGAUUUGUGAGAAAUCCACUAAAGUGAUCACCUUCAUUGACUUGGCUGGCCACGAGAAGUACCUGAAGACCACGGUCUUCGGCAUGACGGGCCACCUGCCUGACUUCUGCAUGCUCAUGGUGGGCAGCAAUGCUGGCAUCGUGGGGAUGACCAAGGAGCACCUGGGCUUGGCAUUGGCACUCAAUGUGCCUGUUUUUGUGGUGGUCACCAAGAUUGAUAUGUGUCCUGCUAACAUCUUGCAAGAAACCCUGAAGCUGUUACAACGCCUGCUGAAGUCGCCAGGCUGCCGGAAGAUCCCUGUGCUGGUGCAGAGCAAGGAUGAUGUGAUCGUUACCGCCUCCAACUUCAGCUCCGAGAGGAUGUGCCCGAUAUUCCAGAUCUCCAACGUUACAGGCGAGAACCUAGAUCUGCUGAAGAUGUUCCUCAACCUCCUCUCCCCCCGCACCAGCUACCGGGAGGAGGAGCCAGCGGAGUUUCAGAUUGACGACACUUACUCUGUGCCGGGUGUGGGGACGGUGGUGUCAGGGACAACACUCAGGGGCCUGAUCAAGCUGAAUGACACGCUGCUGCUGGGCCCAGAUCCUCUGGGGAACUUCCUGUCCAUCGCUGUGAAGUCCAUCCACCGCAAGCGCAUGCCUGUCAAGGAGGUGCGGGGGGGCCAGACAGCCUCCUUUGCGCUGAAGAAGAUUAAGCGCUCAUCCAUCCGGAAGGGCAUGGUGAUGGUUUCCCCGCGUUUGAAUCCCCAAGCAUCCUGGGAAUUUGAGGCCGAGAUCCUCGUCCUCCACCACCCCACCACGAUUAGCCCACGCUACCAGGCCAUGGUGCACUGUGGGAGCAUCAGGCAGACGGCCACCAUUCUGAGCAUGGACAAGGACUGUCUACGCACUGGGGACAAGGCCACGGUGCACUUCCGCUUUAUCAAGACCCCCGAGUACCUGCACAUAGACCAGCGGCUGGUGUUCCGGGAAGGCCGCACCAAGGCCGUGGGCACCAUCACCAAGCUCCUCCAGACCACCAACAACUCCCCAAUGAACUCCAAGCCUCAGCAGAUUAAAAUGCAGUCGACGAAAAAAGGCCCCCUGACCAAACGAGAAGAUGGGGGCCCCCCUGGAGGGCCGGCCGUAGGGGUGCCUCCCCCUGGAGACGAAGCGGGCUCUCUGGGGGCUGCACAGUCAGCUGCAUCCAGCAGUCUCCAGCCAACGCUCAAGCCCAGCAGUGGGGGCCGGCGACGAGGGGGCCAGCGCCACAAGGUGAAGAACCAGGGGGCCUGCAUGACUCCUGCCACUGGCUGCUGAAUUUCUCCUUCCCACCCAAGGAUUCUCGUGCUCUGGCCACGCUCCAUCCGAUGGGCCAGAGCAGCCACCACCCUCCCCAGGCCACAGCCGGAGCCUCAUCAUUCCCCAGCCCUGGUUCCCGGGGCUCUAAUUUAUAGCCAAGGACGACGGCAGACUUCCGGAGCACUACCAUCUCCCGCCCUCUUGCCCGCCUUCUUCCUCACUCAGUUUUUGUCCAUCUGGGCCCUUAGUUUUUAUUCUUUUUAUUUUCUCUCUGUCGUGUGCGUGCGUGCGUGCGUGUGCGUGUGUGGGUAUGUGCAUGGCCACUCAGGGCCCUGGCAGUCUUUCUUCUCUUCCUUUCCUCCUCCAUGGCUGGCCCCGGCCUCCAGGAGCUGUCCGUCCGUGUGUGUCUGUGAGAACCUUUAGGGGCUGUCGGGAACUGAAGGGCCUCCCUCCCAGUGCUGCUCUGUGCCUGGAGCCCUCUCUGGGGCCGGGGCUGCAGGUAUAAGUGCUGCUGCUCCGUCUCCGGAGCCUCCUCCUGGGACUCGGGGCUUCUGGCAGGGUCGACAGUGCUGGCUCCCUCUUUUCCCUCCCUCUCUUCCCUCCCUCUUUCUCCUUAAACCCCCAAACAGGAAUGCCAGAAGCUCUUACAUUGUAACCUGUAGAUGGUGGAGGGGAGCGGCGAUUGGGUUGUCGGGCCCUCCCUGCCCUUCCCUCUGGCCCGUGCCACUGACCCAAAGACAGCUGGUGGCUUUCCUUCCCGGGACAAGCCUGUUUGCCUGCUGCUCAGGGCAGCUCCUGCUCUGCCAUCUGCUGAGCCUCCCGGGCUGCCUCCUGCCUGGACCUUGAAUUUUACUGGGUCUUGGGGCACUGAUGACCUAGACGGUGUCGCCUGCUCAGGGUCAUGCUCACUAGCACCUCCUUUUGGUGGGGUGCGGGGUGUUCCUCUGAGCCAGGCUGGGAGGGGAACCCCUCCUUCCCACCACAACUCCGCCACAUCACCCCAGCGUGGCUGCUGCAGGAGCACAACAGGGAAUGGCCUGAGCCCCAGGUUUGGAAGCCCCAGUUGGGAUAGGGGGAGGCAGGAGCAGGCCCCGCGGAGCAGGAAGCCCUCUGGAAGAACCACUGCCUGGGGCGGGGGCGGGGGGCCAGAAGGCAGCGUGGGCCCUGAACCAGCCUGGCUGAGCUGUGGACUGGAGCCCUCAAUUUAGGGUGCACUAACAGGCAGAGAUGUGUCCUUCUGGUUGGGACAGACACCCAGCUGGCUGGGUCCUUCCUCAGCCUUGCCUCCUCCUUGUCCCCAACCCUUCUCCUGUCCUGCUCCCAGACUGCUGGUCCUUCACUCCCCUCUCCCAGCUGUUUCUAGUUACCACUGGCACAUGGCCACGGACUGACCAGACCAGCACACAACAUGAAAGCUUGUCCACAUUGACAGGUGGAGGAGCUGCCACUGAGAACACUGGUGCCCUGCCUGCCCCAGCCCCAGUCUUAGAGAGCAGGGCAGGGAGGGGGAGCCCAGAUUCUGGGCGGCAGGCGUGGCCUCACUACCCACGCUCUCCCACCAGCUCUGACAUGGGACAAGGUGCCAGCCUUCUCUGGACUUCAGUUUCCUCCUCCACAGCAAGAGGUGAAUGCCUCCGGGGGUCAGAAUUUAUUGAGGAUGUAUGUGAGGCCCCAUGUGCCCAGCACGCUGCGUAUACCCACGCUGGUCCCCAAGUCCAUAGCAGAGGCCCCGAGCUGGGGGACAGACUUGAGAGGUGGCAUCGACCUGCCUGUGGUGUGGCUGGGGCUGUGCGACGGGUCUCCCUCACGUCAUAGUCUGAGGGAGGUGGCAUUGGUGCCAUUGUUCUAGGUGGGGACACAAGCUCAGAGAAGCAGUGCCACCAGCAGGCGGGGUGUUCCCACCCUGGCCCUUGGCCCAGCCAUUCCCGCUCAGCUGCGUCCUUCGGCCCCUCCUGUUCCUUUGUCUCCUGGCUGUUUCCCUCUUGCUUUUUGGCUCAUUCUGCUUGCAGGGCUGCUGCCCAGGGAAUCCUUGGUAAUCAGAGGGCUCCAGUGUUGAGCGACCCGCUCUGUCCCUCGGCGGGCGCUGUGGAACUGGUAUUUCCCUGGGCGUGGCCAUGGUAGACCUUCGAGCAGGCGGUGCCUGCUUUUGUUGGAACUCUUCGGCCCCUGUGAGCAUAACCACUGGAUGUUAGGAAGCCGUGGCCGCCACCUGGCCUCUGUCCUCAGAUGCUCGGGAGGCUGGUUUGGAUCUGUGUGGCCACCGGCCACACCUGCUAGCAGGGCAGACCGAGUGCAGCGUUUCACUGUCCUCCACGGGGACGACCCGAGUUCCCUGUGGGUCUCAGCCUACCAAUUCUCCAUUUGGAACAAAACACCAGCCCUUUUGUAGUUGAUGAAGAAUAAAGUUGUUAAUCUGAUCAUCUCA